UUUUUAAUAAAGAGAAGUUUAAGGUCAGGGCGCUGCUGAGUUUCUGGUUCUGGUGGACUGUUUUAGCAGUAAUAUAUGUCUUUUUGAGCACAGGCUGCAGCCUGUGUACUGAUUUCAGCUCAGCAUGGGGCCUUUUCUGGCGGUAGCAGCGUUUUUAGGCUGGGUUUCAGUCAUGGAGGCCACACCAUUGCUGGGCAGAACUCUCCCUGAGUUUGGUGAUAUGUAUCAUGUGAAAGGUGUGAUCUCCUUGCCUUAUGCUGAAAUCAAGGAACCAUUUGAAGCUUGGUACGACCUGAAGGGGAAGAGAAGCCGCAUAGACUACUACCAUGGCCAGGUCUCCACUUUUCAGCUUGGUGCUGCAGUGCCUCAGGGUGUCAGCUAUAAGAUCACACCAGUCACAACUGAGACUGAAUUCAAUACCAUGAAAUGCUUCCAGGUCAAUGGCACUAAAGAUGAUCCGGUCCUGCCUCAGGCUGCCCUGCCCAAUGUCCAGGGCUUUCAGUUUGAACAGAUGGAGUAUUACGCAGGUGUUCUGUGUGAGGUGUGGAAGAACAUCACUACUAUCGGACAUAAAAAGAACACUUACCGUCUGUGGGUGACCCGUCCAGAGGGAGGCGCUUCAGUGGCCACACCCCAACACUAUGAAAUGAUGGGCUACAACACCCUGCUUGGCUCCCACUACGACAAAUACCUCAUCGACUACAGUGACUUCAGCCCACGAACUGACCCUAAGGACUUCAGCUUACCAGAUGGUAUGGGGUGCGGCCCGUUUCCUGGUCCAGGGGCCGAGCACCGGCUUAUUGCCAAUCCCAUUCAAGACCUAAUUCAUACCUCUCCUGUUGGCCACGCCCAUCGGCUGUUUGGGCACUUUAAGGAGAAAUAUGAUCGCAGCUAUGAAACUGAGAAGGAGCAUGAGAAACGAGAGCACAACUUCGUACAUAACAUUCGGUAUGUUCACUCUAUGAACAGAGCAGGCCUGUCAUUCUCUCUCUCUGUCAAUCAUCUGGCUGAUCGCUCUCAGGAUGAAAUGGCUGUAAUGAGGGGAAGACAAGGGAGCAAGACCCCAAACAAUGGUCUGCCUUUCCCCUCUGAGCUCCGCUCUGUCGCCCCGCCUGACUCUCUGGACUGGAGGCUUUAUGGUGCUGUGACCCCUGUUAAGGACCAGGCUGUGUGUGGGUCUUGCUGGAGUUUUGCCACAACUGGUGCACUUGAAGGAGCAUUGUUUCUAAAGACAGGAGAGCGGGUGGUGUUGUCUCAGCAGAUGCUGGUGGACUGCACGUGGGGUUUUGGUAAUAAUGGGUGUGAUGGAGGAGAGGAGUGGAGAGCAUAUGAAUGGGUCAUGAAACACGGUGGCAUCUCCACUGCAGAGAGCUAUGGAUCUUACACUGGCAUGAAUGGCCUGUGCCACUAUAACUCAUCCCAGCUGACUGCUCGCGUGAAGAGUUACACUAAUGUGACCAGCGGUGAUGCAGAGGCUCUGAAGGUUGCACUGUUUAAAAACGGCCCCACUGCAGUCAGCAUCGACGCUGCUCACCGCUCCUUCACCUUCUACAGUAACGGAGUGUAUUAUGAACCUGCCUGCAAGAAUGGGCCGGAUGACCUGGAUCAUGCUGUGCUGGCGGUGGGUUACGGGGUUCUGGACGGACAGCCUUACUGGCUAGUGAAGAACUCCUGGUCCACUUACUGGGGAAACGAUGGCUAUGUGCUCAUGUCUAUGAAAGACAACAACUGUGGAGUGACCACUGAUGCUACAUAUGUGACCCUUGCCUAAAGUGCGCUUUAAUACACACAAGCACUCAGAGCGCGAGAGCCCUGUGUGCACAGCAGAGCUGCAUGAUGUAUUGUUGAUGAUUACAGCAGCUAAGUUUUAUUUCAAUAAGCACAAGAGGAAAAUGCUUGAUUUCAUGCUGUAAGUGUUCUGCUAAACAUCUUUAUUCACAUAUUUGAUAAUUGUACAUAAUUGUGCCACAAUUAAACUGCUGUAUAUCCAUUUCACCAAAGUUGCCAUAUGAAGCCAUAUGUACUGCAUUAUUUUGUUUGUUAUGCAGCUUCAGUGAUUCUAUAAGCAAGAAGCACUGGUGUGGAUAUGUCUGAAUGCUGAAUGUUGGAUAAUAUUUUUUUUUUUUUUGUGGAUUAGUCAAUAAAAAUGUUUUUUUUUAAGAAAAAAUAGUCAUCGGGGACUUUUAUAUUAAUGGUUGAUGACAACUGAGAGAUGUUGCAUUAGUGUUUAGGGGAUUUUUAUAUAUAAAAAAAUGAAAGUAGAAUUUGAUCAAUUGUCAUACAACGCUAAUUACAGUUCAGGGUGUAAGAAAAUCUGUGAAUCAAAAUCUGGAUAUUGUUUGCAAUUUGUAUUGAUUUUUAAUUAUUAGUUUACAUGCAAUGACAGUGGCUCAUUUAGCAUUGUAUUUAAACCCUGGCCUCCCUCUGAAGCUUUGUGUUGUCAAUAUAUGUGAUUGUCAGGG